ACGAUUUUCCGCAAAUUUUCGGGUAUUUUAUUAAUAAAUCGUUGUAAAUGCCUUCUUGAUUACUUGCGAUGUUGGGAGAGAUUUUGGGUACAUUUUUUAACCGAUUUUUGGUUUUAAAGUAGAUGUAGUAGUAGUAAAUAAUAAUAAUUAAUAGGGGGGUGAUUAAAAUUGAGAUGAAAUAGGUUACGUUGAGUGUCUGAGAAAGUAUCGGAGAGCACAUUUUCGUUUUAACUAGAAAGGUUGAAUUGAAUUAGUAAGGUUGUUGAUAACCUUGGGGAAAACAUGGGAAUUGAGUUUAUUUUUUGCCAACAAAUAAGUAAUUAGUUUCCGAUACCAUGUCACCUAUUUUGACGCCAAUUUUAAUUGGGAUAUUUUCCAAUUAACGUAAUUAAUAAUAAUUGCUCCAUUUUUAAUCACUUUAUAAAAUAGGUUCCUCGUUUAAUUUGUGGCACUUUAAUUAAUUCCUCUCGGAAUGGAUUUAUUUCCUUUGCUUCUUUUAUUCAUCUCAAUUCUCUUCAUUUCCCUCGUUUAUUAUUACUGGAAUUAUUUUUGGAUCAAAUCGAAGCUAAAAAAUGUACCCUUCGUGCAUCAAAUCCCCAUUUUCGGGAGCAUGCUCGUUUACAAGAACACUUUAGAUUUAUACCGAAAUUUGGUAACUUACCCGAAAAUUUACGGAAAAACCUAUGGCGUCAUGUGCGGCCCAAUCCCCGUUAUAUUCACCUCCGAUUUAAACUUGUUAGAAAUAAUUUUAUCAUCCCCAAAGCACAUCAACAAACCCUCCUUUUACAAAAUAAUCAAAAAAUUGGGUGGAAAUGGUUUGAUCGCAGCCAACGGGGAGACCUGGAAGUCUCAAAGGAAACUUUUAACCCCAACGUUUCACUUCAAAAUCCUCGAGAAGUUCCUAAAAAUCUUUAACAAACACUCCGAGGCUUUCAUAAACGAUUUAAAAAAAGAAACGGUCAAAAAAGAAUCAAAUUUACCCCCGAUAACCGCAAUGUGGGCCCUAAAUCAGUUAACAGAGACCGUAAUGGGGCUAAAAUCCGAAGAAAACGAAGCGAAUAAUCGCAUGUAUUUGGAAGAAGGGAAAAAGCUUCUUUUAAUCGUAACAAACAGGUUAAUUAAUCCUUUAGAAUACUUCGAUUUAACUUAUUAUUUCACGCGGAAUUAUUGGAGGGCGGAAAACGCGAUGAAUAAGCUGGAUAAUUACAUCUUAGAAACGAUUCGGAAGAAAAAUAAUGAGAUGGGGGAUAGUUACGAGAUGGUUACGAUCGAUGGGAAGAAACAAAAAAUCGUUUCGUUAGAUCUACUAAUGGAGACGUCCAAACAAAACUUCGAGAUGAGCGAAUACGUCUUAAAAGACCAAGUACAUACCUUAAUGUUUGCAGGUUAUGACACAACUGCAGCCACCGUUGCUUACGCCCUUUACAACUUAGCGGAGCACCCAAAAAUCCAACAAAAAGUUUACGAAGAAAUCCGCUCAGUCUUAGAUAACGACCCCACCACAGAAAUAACGUUACCUUUAUUGCAAAAAAUGAAAUACUUAGAAAUGUUUAUUAAAGAAUCAAUGCGGAGAUACACUCACGUUCCUAUAAUCGGGCGAGAAUUAGGCGAAGACGUCCAUUGGAACGGAACAACCCUCCCGAAAGGUUUAGUAAUAGUCCCGGCUUUAAUCAGCAUCCACAUGGAACCAGAAAAUUACCCAAAUCCGGAAGAAUUCAUCCCCGAACGUUUCUCGCCCGAAAACAUACGCGAAAGACACCCGUACUCUUUCAUCCCGUUUAGUGCGGGCCCAAGGAAUUGCAUCGGGCAAAAAUACGCAAUGUUCGCAAUCAAAGUGGUGUUAGCGAAAUUAAUUUUAAAGUACCAAUUCGUUUCCGUCAAUCACCAAUUGGUAUUGUCGGCGGAAAUUGCGUUAAUCUCUAAAACGGGGGUUAAAAUUGCGAUUAAAGAACGAAAGGAUAAGUGAGGUUAAUAAAUUAAAACUUUGAGGUUAGUUUUUUUUUAGCUUUCGCUUUUCAAUAAUAGAUG